GUUUGCGUCACGACUCCGCCCAUUAGCCACAGCCAUAUGUUUGUUCACGAGUUGCGAUUUAGUGAUAGUCUGUGUGUGAGUGUUUAUAGAGACAGAUGAACACCGUGAAGAACAACAGACAUCAGCUACACACAACAACAGACGUUGAUCAUCACAGAACCAUGAAGAGGAUCAGCUCACUGUUCUCAACACUACAGGAGAAACUACACAAAGCUACUGAAACAUCCAUCGCAUCAUCCAAAGGCACAACAUCCAAACAUGCGGCGCCCUCAGGCUUUGACCGGAGUCACACGGGUCAGCUCUUCUUCGAGUAUCUGCUGGUGGUCAGUCUGAAGAAGAAGAGAGGUGGUGAAGGUUAUGAACCUCAUAUCACCUAUCAGUUCCCAAAGCGUGAGGUGAUGGGACGUCUACAGCGUGAGGAAGAGGAGCGAUGCAUGAAGGCUGUUCAUCUCUUCUGCUUUCCUGAAGGCAUCAACUGGGCUCCUCUGACACAAUACCGCAGUGAAACUUUCUCAUUCGUUCUGACUGAAGUGGACGGCAGUCGGAGAAACGGUUACUGCAGGAGAUUACUGCCGAAUGGAGCAGGUGCUCGUAUCCCUGAAGCGUACUGUAUCAUCAGUCAUGUGGCCUGCUUCGGACUCUUCUCAAAGAUCUUUGAUGAGGUGGAGAAGAGAAGACAGAUCUCAAAGGCGAUGAUCUAUCCGUUCAUGCAGAGUCUGCGGGAGUCUCCUCUUCCAGCUCCUGGAAAGACAGUCAAGAUCACCAGCUUCAUUCCAGAGUAUGGGACAGAGGUCAUCAGUUUAACUCGACCGGCCGACUCUUGGCUAGAACACGUGGACUUUCAAACGCUCUUCAGCUGUCUAACGGAUGAAGAGGUGCUGCUGGUUUUUGCCGCUGUUGUAUUGGAACGACGAAUCAUCUUCAUCUCAGAGGAGCUCAGCACACUGUCACAGGUUCUUCACGCCGUGGCCGCUCUCUUGUAUCCGUUCGUAUGGCAGCACACGUUCAUCUCCACUGUUCCUAAAGUUCUGAUUGAUGUGUGUUGUGCACCGACGCCGUAUCUGCUGGGGGUUCAGAAGAACAUGCUGGACCUCAUCACAGAUCACAGUGAUCUGCUGAUUGUCGACCUGUCAACUAAAGCCAAAACAAAAUUCGUAGCAAGAAUAGGAGAUGAGGAGUCUAUCUUGCCAGCUAAACUCAAGGAGGAAGUCUUGCUUGCCCUCUCAGCACGCAAACACAACGCCUCAGGCACAGAUGAAGUAAACCGGCUGGUGUCAGAGGCGUUCCUCCAGGUCUUCCUCAAAACUGUCGGGCAUUUCUCACAACACUUCAAGCGUUGCGGGAACGGCCGUCAGUUCCAGAAGAAAUCUUUCCUGAAAGCCGUGGAGCCCAAAACUCACCUCAACUUUGUUAAACUCUUCAUCCAGACGCAGAUGUUUGAUCUGUUUAUACGACAGGAGGAGGAGACGAUGAAGUCAAACCCUAACGGAUUUUUUCAUAGUAAAGUGUUGGAGUAUCAAGAGAGAAGAAAGCGAGAGAAGACAAAGACAUUUAUUCGAGGUUUUGUUGUGUGACCGUGUUUCAUGAUGUGAAUAUAUCUUGUGUUUAUUGUUAGCUGAUAUCAUCUGUUACACUCUUUGUUAUAUUAACACAUACAGACAUCAUGUUAUAAGCUGAAGGAAUUUAUUUUUAUGUUGUUAUUUGUUUUGUAAUGAAUGUUUAUUUAAUAAAAUAUACACUGAAGUCA